CUUCAAGUUUUGUUUCUCGUCAGUUUCUUAACAACAUGAGUGCCCCGACAACCAGCGGCGCGGCGGACGCGCCCUCCCGCUGCGCCACGAAUUCUGAGCAAAAGCUGCCUUCGCGCGAGGAGCAACUAGCCGCCAUGACCGCGCGGGUGGAGGAGCUUCAAAAGCAAGACCCCUCGGCCGAUUUCAAGCUCGAACAGAAGUGGUGGGUGCCGAGCCUGGAUUUCGGCAGCUAUUUGCAGGAUGCUCUUCCACAAGAAAUAAGCGCCCAGUUCAACGCCAUCUUUGCAAAGCUCAUCCAGGACAAGUUUGCCCCCGAGGCCGUGGCCAAGGCGCGCAAGGAGUCGAGGGAACUGCUCCAGGCAGAGUAUCCCCAGGCGCUGGAGAGGGUGGAGGAGACGGUGUUCAAGAAUGACGCGCAGUUUGCCGACUUGCACCGCCAUCUGCAGGGGGUUGACUCCAUCGGGCGUGCGGGCGGGAACUGCUGAGACCAUGAGAUGCAUCCAUGAUUGUUCUAUCUUUCGUAGCUCGUUAUAUGACGAAUACGCUGAAACGACUACGACUGAAUCACACAAUCCUGAAUCGCAUCAACUGGAUGACAGGGUGGUUUGCAUCCACGAACCCAACAUAAGCGUGGGCUGAUGAGUAGCGAGUCGUUGGGUGGAGAUAAUGUACGUUAUGGGAAGUCAGUUGUAUUUGCGGGCUAAAUAGUGAUAGGAAUACUUGUCAACUGCAGUGACAGUGCAAAGGAUAGGCAGAGUUGGAAAGGUAUGAGGGCAUUGCUUGAGUUGUCUCGAGCUGCUUAGGUAGUGUUAAUGUUGUGUUGUCUGCCGGCGACGUGGACAAGUUGGUACUCUCUCUACAUGUAUCUGUAAGUUCAAGUUAGCAGCAUUGGUAUAAAUCAGCCAUCGCCCCUGAA